AAAACAUGAUAUGUGUUCAAGUAGUUCUAGUUGUAUGACUUCAUCGGCAGAUGAGAGCGACGAGAGCGUGACUGACAGCACAUCAGCAGACAGUUCCUGUAAUUAUUCGUUACGUCGACAAAAAGCUCGUGCUAAAUUCAGAUCUGAUGAAGACUUAUUACAUCGUCUGUUUGUAUGCAUAUCGGGAGUGGCCGAUCAACUGCAGACAAAUUUUGCUGGAGACUUACGUAAUAUCCUUAAAUCAGUGUUUCUCAUGUCUAAUUCUAAUUGUGGCAACGAUAAUCAACAGAAUUUGGGUUUGUUAAAAAAUGUGCUAUUCAAAUACCUGUGGUGAUUUUGUUAAUGCUUCAAUUGAUAUAUUGAAAUUA